GUUGUGAAAGUCUGCGGGCGCGAUACUUUGUGUGGAAUUGUGUUUGUUAUAGCAACAUGAAGGUUUUGAUUAUCCUCGCUAUUGUGGCUGUGGUGAGCAGUGGACAGGUUAAGCGUGGGAAGCGCAGCUUCGGCCACCAAUACUCACCUUUGACGCAGACCUCUUUGGAGUCCAAGACUCAGCACUCAGCCUCUUAUCAGUCCAACACGUUGCAGUCUACCUCCUUACAGUCACAAACAGUACAGCCAAAUUACCACGCGACCUACCAGCCUGCUGCUGCCGUCGCGCAGCCCACAUACAACGUUCGCCCUACCUACUCCUACACUCCACAAGUCGAGACACACAACGUGCAGACUCCGGUCACUUACACGUACCCCGUCCGACAACAGGCUGUAUACAGAGCUCCUGUCCAGACAUACAGGGAGACCUACACGCCUGUGCAAAGCUACGCGCCGGCUCAGAUUUACCAACAGGCUCAGACCUACGCCCCCGCUCAGACUCACGCAUCCUACGCCCCCGCUCAGAGUUACACAUCCUACGCCCCCGCUCAGAGUUACACAUCCUAUGCCCCCGCUCAGAGUUAUACAUCUUAUGCACCCGCCCAGAGUUACGCAUCAGCCCAGACCUACACGCCCAUCCAAACUUACUCGCCAGCUCAGACCUACACACCCACCCGAACUUAUCAAACUUAUACACCAGUCCAGACCAUCCAAAGUGUGCCAGUCCAGGCAUACAAUACGGUGCCAGUAUCUUGGCAAUCAAAGAACGUCGGUAACAACUACAACGCUGACCCAUGGUGCUAAACAUCUCUAAUAUGUAGCGUAUUUUAUCAAUCCCACCAAUUGAUUGCAUGAAACCUCAACGAACAAUUUAUAAUAGAAACAUAUCCAUAGAAGUACGAAGUA